AAAACCAAUUGAUCAAAAAAAGUGAUUUAACUAAUAAUCAAACCGGUUCGCCUCAAAAAAUUCCAACAAACUUAGAAGAUAAAUUGAAAGAGAUAGUGAACAAGUUCUCUCAAGAAAGGCUUGAAGGCGUUCCAAUCGAUUUAGUCUUUGGAAAAAGGGGCGAUAAAAAUUUUUCUAAUGCUUUUGCCAAUACUACUUCCUAUACUAAUUGA